GGAGCCGCCUCUGGCGCGCCGCGCCGCCUCAGGAGCCAUCACUGACCGGAGACAGACCGACAGCCGCCCCGGCAGCCGCCCGUGCCGCCCAGAGCACCGCCACCGCCGCCGCCGCCCGGGGAGCGACCCAGCGCCGCAGAGGUGACCGCCGCCGCCCACCGCCACCAGCCGCCGGCCGUGUCCGAUCGACCUCCGCCACUGCGGUAUGACAUCUGUUCGCCAAGAAAGAUGAAUGCCGUAUAUGAAGAGCGCGAACUUUAAAUGGAGUCGCGCCUCAGCGCUGCGCAGGCGUGAGGUGUCACCAGGACGAUGAACGACGACUCGGACUCGAUACUCGACGAAGACGAGCGCAGCAUCUUCCAGCCGUUCACCCGAGAGUCGUUAGCCGCCAUCGACGCUCGCAUCGAUGAGGAAAAUGCAAAGAAAAAGGAACUACAAAAGAAGAAGGAAGAAGGAGAGGUGGUGUACCAGGACGAGGACGAGGACGACGGACCUCAGCCCGAUCCGACGCUGGAGAACGGCAACGGUCUGCCGAUGCGGAUCAAGCCCGACUUCCCGCCGGAGCUGAUCGGCGUCCCCAUCGAGGAUGUCGACCCCUACUACCACAACCAACGGACGUUUAUAGUGGUGAACAAGGGGUACGAUAUAUAUCGAUUCAGUGCCUCGUCCGCGCUCUGGAUCCUGGAUCCGUUCAACUCGAUCCGGCGGUCGGGCAUCUACAUCCUGACACACUCGCUGUUCUCGCUGAUCAUCAUGACGACCAUCAUCGCCAACUGCGUCGUCAUGUGCAUGCCGACCAGCGAGAUGAUCGAGUCCAGCGAAGUUUUGUUCACGGCUAUUUACACGUUCGAGUCGGGGGUGAAACUGAUGGCGAGAGGUUUUAUUUUGGCUCCGUUCACAUAUCUGCGGGAUGCCUGGAACUGGCUCGACUUCGUUGUGAUAGCUUUAGCAUACAUUACCAUGGGUGUAAAUUUGGGAAACCUUGCUGCCUUGCGGACGUUUCGAGUCCUACGUGCUCUCAAGACGGUGGCUAUUGUCCCGGGCUUGAAAACGAUCGUGGGAGCCGUGAUAGAGUCAGUGAAGAACCUGCGAGACGUCAUCAUAUUGACCAUGUUCUCGCUCUCAGUGUUCGCCUUAAUUGGACUGCAAAUUUAUAUGGGUGUGUUGAGACAGAAGUGCAUACGCAGUUAUGAGAACACGACGACCGUGAUAGAUGAGAACGGCGUGAACGUCACUGUGCGGCUCAACCUCACCGACGAGGAGUGGUUCGCCUGGAACAACCGGACAGAGAACUGGUUGAAGGAUCCCAACAGCAGUAUGGGAGACUACACGCUGUGCGGAAACUCGUCGGGUGCAAGUAAAUGUCCUGCUGGCUACACGUGUAUGGAAGGGUUUGGUCCCAACCCCAACUAUGGCUACACGACGUUCGACACGUUCGGAUACGCCAUGCUAGCCUCGUUUCGACUGCUGACUCAGGACUACUGGGAGAACCUCUACCAGCUGGUUCUGAGGACGGCGGGCCCCAUGCACCUGGUGUUCUUCAUCGUCGUCAUCUUCAUGAACUCGUACUACUUGCUGAACUUGAUCCUGGCCAUCGUCGCCAUGUCGUACGACCAGUUGGAGAGGAGGGCGGCCGACGAGCGUGCUGCCGAGGAGGCAGCCAUGGCCGAGCGCGAGAGGCUCGAGGACGCCAAGGCUGAGCGCCUGGAGAACCGGGCGGCGCGCGGCAAAGGCGACGGUGAGAGCGUGGGUCGCUCGCCAUCACAGCACUCGUGCCGCAGCGACGAGCUUUUCGUCGGCCAGGAGAAGGAGCGAGCCAACACGCGCGAGCGCAUGAGCAUCAAGUCCGAGCUGGGCAUCACGGACGCGCUAGGCGACCAGAAGCCACGCGCCAACGGCAAAAUCGCGCGCAAGGGGAGUCUGAGCCUGCCCGGCUCCCCGUUCAACCUGCGGCGCGGCUCGCGCGGCAGUCACCAGCUCACCUGGCGCGCCGCCAACGGCCGCAAGAUGGGCGACCGAAAGCCGCUCGUGCUGUCCACCUACAUGGACGCGCAGGAGCACCUGCCGUACGCGGACGACUCGGCGGCCGUGACGCCCAUGUCCGAGGAGAAUGGCACGAUGGUGCUGCCCGUGUACCAGCAGCAGCCGUCCAGCCUGCUGGCCGGCUCGCGGCACGGCUCCUACACGUCGCACGGCUCGCGGCGCUCCUACAACUCGCACGGCGACCUGCUCAAUGGAAGAGGCCUUACCAAGGAGUCGCAGCUGCGCUCGCGGCGCGCGCCGCCCGCCGACGCCGCCGAGAUGCAGCCCGACUGCGACACACCUGCCACGGACCUGCAGGCGAGGACGCGGCCCGUUGAGAACCCCAACCCGUUCGUGGAGCCGGUGCAGACGCAGCCGACCGACUCCGUCGAUAUGAAAGAUUUGAUGGUGCUCAACAACAUCAUAGAGCAGGCCUCCCAAGCGAGGGGCCGCCGGCCCAGCCGACAAGUCUGUGAUCUGGAAGAUGACGAGGAGGAGGACAUCACAUUCAAGGACAGGUGCAAGAUGUUCACCACCAAGUUCAUCGACAUCUUCUGCGUGUGGGACUGCUGCUGGGCCUGGGUGAAGCUGCAGGAACUCAUUGGCCUGGUGGUGUUCGACGCCUUCGUCGAGCUGUUCAUCACGCUCUGCAUCGUCGUGAACACGCUGUUCAUGGCGUUGGACCAGUACAACAUGUCCGACUCCCUGAGCAACUUCCUCUCGCGAGGCAACUACUUUUUCACGGCCACAUUCACCAUCGAGGCGACAAUGAAGCUGGUGGCCAUGAGUCCCAAGUACUACUUCAAGGAGGGCUGGAACGUGUUCGACUUCAUCAUCGUGUUCCUGUCGCUGGUCGAGCUCGGCCUCUCGGGCAUCAAGGGCCUGUCGGUGCUGCGCUCCUUCCGUCUGUUGCGAGUGUUCAAGCUGGCCAAGUCGUGGCCCACGCUGAACCUGCUCAUCUCCAUCAUGGGCCAGACGGUGGGCGCCAUCGGAAACUUGACCAUCGUGCUCUGCAUCAUCGUCUUCAUCUUUGCCGUCAUGGGCAUGCAGCUGUUCGGCAAAAACUACGUAGAGAACAAACACCUGUUUCCGAGCGGCGAGGUACCGCGGUGGAACUUCACCGACUUCAUGCACAGCAUAAUGAUCGUGUUCAGAGUGUUGUGCGGCGAGUGGAUCGAGUCCAUGUGGGACUGCCUCAAAGUCAGCGGCUCGCUCUGCGUGCCGUUCUUCCUGGCCACGGUCGUUAUAGCCAACUUGGUGGUACUCAGUCUCUUCUUAGCGCUGCUCCUGAGCAGUUUCGGCGCCUCCAACCUCUCAGCGGCUCCCACCAGCUCCAGCGACACCAACAAACUGGCAGAGGCCUUCGACCGCAUCGGACGCUUCAAACGCUGGGUCAAAAACUCCAUCCUGAACGGGCUCAAGGCGCUCCGGGCCAAGCUGACCAAUCAGAUCUCGGACCAGUCACGUGACGCGCGAGCUCACGGCGACGGUGAGGAGAGCGGUGCCGCUGGUAAGACCCUGGUCGAAAUGGCGCCUGGAAGAGAGCUCGGCAACGGUAAGUUAGACGGGAAGGCGAUGGCUCUGACGGGCUCGCCGACCGACAAGAGUCACGCCAUCGUCGCCAACUCGAUCGUCAUGCCGCCGACGGACGCCGUCAUAUUCAACGAGCCCGACUGUAUCAGCAACAAGUCUCUGGGCAGCCACAAGAACCGGCGACUGGAGGAGGGCAGCCACUACGGCAGCGGCUCCAGCAUCGACUCGUUCGAGAAGCGCAACAGGGAGGACCUGGAGAGCGGCGUGUACGGCGACGAGCUGGACGAGAACGGCCGGGUGAUGGACACCACCUCUGACAACGUGCAGGCCAACGACGCGCCGGCCGACUGUUUCACCGAGGCGUUCUACGUGCGGUGUCCGUCGUGCCGCGGCAGCCCCAACUCGCCCUUCUGGCAGGGCUGGGCCACGCUGCGCCUCAAGACGUACCGGCUCAUCGAGAACAAGUACUUCGAGACGGCCGUCAUCGUCAUGAUCCUGCUCAGCAGCGGAGCGCUGGCGUUAGAAGACGUGCAUCUGAAGGACAAUCCCGUGCUACAAGACAUCCUCUACUACAUGGACCGCAUCUUCACCGUCAUCUUCUUCAUCGAGAUGUUGGUCAAGUGGCUGGCCUUCGGGUUCAAGAAGUACUUCACGAACGCUUGGUGCUGGCUGGACUUUCUCAUUGUGAUGGUGUCGCUCAUCAACCUGGUGGCCACACUCGCCGGACAGGCUGGCCUGCAGGCCUUCAAGACCAUGCGAACGCUCCGAGCGCUCCGGCCGCUGCGAGCCAUGUCUCGGAUGCAGGGCAUGAAGGUGGUGGUAAACGCGCUCAUCCAGGCGAUACCCAGCAUCUUCAACGUGCUGCUCGUGUGUCUCAUCUUCUGGCUCAUCUUCGCCAUCAUGGGCGUGCAGCUGUUCAGCGGCCGCUACUUCGAGUGUCAGGAUGACGAGGGUAACCGCUACCCGAUCGAGAUCGUCAACAACGAGACCGACUGCGACAACAGCAAGUACCCGGACCGGCACUGGGUCAACUCCGAAAUGAACUUUGACCAUGUCGGCUACGCCUACCUGUCACUCUUCCAAGUGGCCACUUUCAAGGGCUGGAUACAGAUUAUGUCGGACGCUACCGACGCCCGCGCGCAACACGAGCAGCCGACCUACGAGAACAACGUGUACAUGUACAUCUACUUCGUCUUCUUCAUCAUCUUCGGAGCCUUCUUCACUCUCAAUCUGUUCAUCGGUGUCAUCAUUGACAACUUCAACGAGCAAAAGAAAAAGGCAGGCGGCUCCCUUGAUAUGUUCAUGACGGAGGACCAAAAGAAAUACUAUAGCGCCAUGAAGAAAAUGGGCUCAAAGAAACCGUUGAAAGCGAUCCCGCGUCCGAAGUUCAAGCCGCAGGCCAUACUCUACGACAUCUGCUCCAACCGCAAGUUCGACAUGGCCAUCAUGGGCUUCAUCGGGCUGAACAUGGCCACCAUGAUGUUGGACGAGUACAACAUGUCGCCGCAGCGGGAGCUCAUCCUGGACUACGUCAACCAGGUCUUCAUCGUCAUCUUCACGGCCGAGUGUGUGGUCAAGGUGCUGGCCUUCCGCUGGCACUACUUCAAGGAGCCGUGGAACCUGUUCGACUUCAUCGUCGUCACGCUCUCCAUCUUAGGUAUCGUCUUGAAGGACAUUUUCACAAAGCUGUUUAACGUGUCGCCGACACUGCUUCGAGUGGUGAGGGUGGCCAAAGUGACGCGAGUGCUGCGACUGAUUAAGAGCGCCAAGGGUAUCCGGACUCUGCUGUUCGCCUUCGCCAUGUCGGCGCCAGCGCUGUUCAACAUCAUCCUGCUCCUCUUCUUGGUGAUAUUCAUCUUCGCCAUCUUUGGCAUGAGUUUCUUCAUGAACGUCAAAGUGCCGAUGGGCGGCCUGGACGACACGUUUAACUUCCAGACGUUCGCCAAGUCGUUCAUCCUCCUGUUCCAAAUGAUGACGUCCGCCGGCUGGGCAGAGGUGCUCAGCGGCAUCAUCAACGUCAAAGACUGUCAGGAGCCAGACGAGGACACAGGCAACCCAGGCGACUGCGGCAGCCCCACAAUUGGCAUCGCCUACCUGCUCGCGUACCUCGUCAUCUCUUUCCUCAUCGUGAUCAACAUGUACAUUGCUGUGAUCCUCGAGAACUACUCGCAGGCCAGCGAGGACGUGCAGGAGGGCCUCACCGGCGACGACUACGACAUGUACUACGAGAUCUGGCAGCGGUUCGAUCCCAAGGGCACCCAGUACAUCGCCUACAACCAGCUCUCCGACUUCCUGGACGCCCUGGAGCAGCCGCUGCAGAUCCACAAGCCCAACAAGUACAAAAUCAUCACGAUGGACAUACCCAUCUGUCAGGGUGACAAGGUGUACUGUGUCGACAUCCUGGACGCGCUCACCAAGGACUUUUUCGCUCGCAAGGGCAACCCUGUGACGGAGACGGCCGAGUUGGGUGAGGUGACCGCUCAGACCGACCGGCCCGGCUACAAGCCCAUCUCGUCCACGCUGUGGCGCAAGCGGGAGGAGUUUUGCGCCUCGCUGAUCCAGAAGGCCUGGCGGAAGCACCGCGGCCGUGCCGAGCCGUCCCAGCACCAGCAGACGGCAGUGCUGGUGGACGUUUCCAAGAACGGCCACAAAGUGGUGUUGCACUCGCGGUCGCCCAGCGUGACGUCACGCUCGACGGACGUGUGACGCAGCUCGCCCGGGCGCGCCGCACCGCAGCACAGCCGCUUCACGUAGCAGCGGGCACCCGACAUAUAAAAUGUAUAAUGCCGUAUUUUUAUAUUGAUUCAGCGAUUGCUGUCAGGCUUUCGCCGCGCGCAUAUACGCGAGUAUUUAUAGAGGCUCAAGCUUAUGGUUGUUGGGAAAAGGUGAUUGGUUGUUUGGUUCGUUUCCGUGCGCUCGUGCCGCUCCCCUGCCGGCGGCGCCGGCUGGCCGUGCGGCUCGUGCUCGCGCGCCACACGUCUCGUUUCUACUCUCACCUUCAUGCCUUGAGGGUGCGGCUCGGCCUUCCCCCUGGCGGCGGGCUGGGCGGCCCCAGUCCUUCCCCGACGGGCGCCCAGGCCGCCGCCAGUGCCGCGCCGGCCUACCAGUAUUAGGGCGGCUGGCCGCCGGCGCGCUCUGCUUGGCUCGCCGCAGCGCCGCAUAGUUACGUAAGUCGGCGGAAAACGAUACGCUCUGAGCCGGUGUGCGAUACUGAGCUCUCUCUCUAUCACUAUCGCCCUUUCUAUCUCGUUCUAUCUAUUCUGUCUCAGCCUCUUCGUCUGUCUGUCCCGCCGCCUCACUCAGUCCACUGAACACCCGUCCCACUAGUGUGCACACUCUCACUUAUAUUAAUGUGCACUAUGCAAUAACGACACUGAGGGUGGGCUUCGGACACCACCAUACGCACAUCUACACCGACACAUACACAAAAACAUCAAAUACUGGCAGGAAUAGUGAA